CUUAUCUUAUUUUUGUCUUUAGCACAACCUGUUAACUGUGAGAGGUUGCAUCUGCUGUUGUACAUUUAGGGACAGCAGUGUAGCUAUCUGUGGAGACAAAUUGUUCUUCACACAGUCAGUCAGCUUUCCUUCUAAUGCUGCUGUUGUCGAAGUAGUUAAUAUUGAUAAAAUGCAGUUAUAAAUAUAAGUGUCAUAUGGGAAACACCUAUAACAACAAGAAGACAUGGGAAGAUCUGGGAGUUGCAUAUCUGUAAAGCUAGGAUAUAAAACCAAAAUUUUUCAUAUUUUGUAUCUGGGUAAUAAGAUUAACUUGAAACUGAUGUUAGAAUGGCAUAGAGCUCUCAGAACAGCACCAUUACAUCUCUGAUCAAAGUGUUUACUGUGGUUUUAUGGGCUAAAAACUGUUGUUGUUUCUCCAGUAUAAGUAGUGUUGUCUGACAAACAAAUAUCUAGUAUUGCAAAAACAAGCAAAAAAAUUGAAGUCACACAUAUUGUUUGUAUACAUUCUACUGAAACACAAGCAGAUGUUUAAGUCAGUGUUGUGGAAAAUGAAUUUAAAAAUAAACUAAAUAAUGUUCAUCCAGGAAGAAAUUUAAAUGUUCUUCUCUUAAUCUACCCACACCCAUGAAAUUUCCUAAAUUGUGUUUAAGAAAGAACUAUAGAUUGUGACAUUUAAAACAUUGGUAUAGUUUAUUAGAAAUCCAAGUUUUAUAUGGCUUUUUUCCUAGAAUGUUUUUAAAGUUCUUGAAAAGUGGGAUUGCUCAAAUACUAUAGAAUUUAAAUCUGAAAACUGAAAUGAAAAAAAUUGUAUCCAGCUUUUACUAUUUCCCAGGUAAUAACUUCAAUUUAAAUCAGAAGUUGAGACAGGAAAAUAAUACUUGACAACAAAAAGUGGGUCAGUUAAGGGUUGAAAAUAGUCAAAUGGAAACUAAGAGUUUUCCUUCUACUCUGGAAACACCAUGGAAAAGUUGGAUUCCUGGAUCAGAGAGAAAAAUUACAACAUUCUAUAUGAAGCAAAAGGAACAACGUUGGAUCCUAACUGUACUUUAGUUACAGAAAUGGACUGCCAUUUUUCUGUCUGGGGAGUUUUGGCCUUCCUGACUUUGGCUCUGGUUGUUUCAUUGACACUGAAUAUUUCACACUGUAUGAAAAAGAAGCAAGCUAAAAUGCAUAAAGAUUACGAAGAGAACAAUCCAAGCUAUGAUGGCUAUGACACAGAAGAUUAUCCAGUUUAUGGCAAUCUCAACCAAGAUAUUUUAGAAGAAUGUUGUUACGAGCAGAUGAAGUCCCAGCCUCAAAGACCAGUUAACCAGCUACAGGUGGAAUCUACCAAUCAGAUGUGUUAUGCCUCACUUGAUCACAGUGUCAAGGGAAAAUGCAGAAAACCAAGGAGAAAGAAAGAUCCUUCAUCAGAGGAAGAUGAAGAAGAAAGAUCAUCUAACCCCAGGGUGGCUUCCAAAGUUAGCAUUUACCUUAACAGUGAGCAGCUGGCUGCUGAAAACAUGGCAAAAGCAGAAGCCAUUCAUGAUGAUCCCAUCAGACUAAUGGGCUUGAUUCAUAAUACAAAAGGAGAGAACUGAAUAUGUAAUGAACAAAAUACGUAACAAACCAAGUAUGUAACCAUAAAGUGAGAUUUGUUUUUUCAUUCUGGAGGAACAAUGAAUGAUUAGAGAUAAUAUCCUGGAAAACUGACAUACUAAACAAAGGUAUGAAAUGUUCCAAACUGUCUUCCAAGCAUAUUUAUAGACUAAGCAAGACAUAGGUCCAGGCUGCCACUCAGAUGGAUCUGCCCUUCUGAAGAUAAUUUGAGAGUUGCAGAAGCUGGUAGCUCAGUGUUCGCAUGGUAUGGAUUCCAGUAAAAAUUGAUCCUGUUUUAAACAAUCAUCAGCUUUCAAGCAGUCCUAAAAGACCCCCUCCUUGCCUGUAGAGCUCUAGCAGAGUACAACUACUCUAUAUUAACUUCAAUACUUUUGAAAUGAGAUUGUGUUUUGUACUUGCACUCUUGGUGAUUAAUUGUUUUACCAAUUAAGAACUGAUCUGCUGUUCCA